AAGUUUGCUAUUGUGACUAAAAAUGGUGCGAAAUUUGAAGACUUAGACAUAGAAGGUUUGUUAGCAGUCAAAGAAAGUUUUGACAGAAGGUUCUCAAACCUUAAAGAAGGCAAAGCAUACAAACUUGUUAUACCUUAUGAACCAAAGAAGACAGACGACUAUGAAUAUUAUGAGUCUAAGAUAGUUGAAGUUCAAGGUAAAUUGGGUAAAAAGAUUUUAGAGUCUAAGCCAGUGUUUGCUCCUAAAGAGGAAGAGAACAUUGACAUUGACCCAGAAAUGUUCUAA